GGCAAUUUCCUAAACACGGUAGUCAGUGGAGUCUUCAGCUCUGUCGUGGGAGAGUCCGGCUGUGUGACUGUGUGUGUGAGAGGGACUCUCAGGUACCGGGACGGGAAAACCGACAAGCCUUCGGACAUCUGUUUGACAUGAGCAGUGUGCUCUGACAUGGACACAGAGAUGAUUCCAAAAUUUUUGUCAAAGGAUGAGGAAGUGGCUUACUGGAAGGCACAAGCUCUCAAAUACAAGAAAAGCUGCCAUGAUGCCCAGGAGGAGCUGCAGGAGUUCCAGGAAGGUAGCCGAGAGUUGGAGGCCGAGUUAGAGGCCCAGCUCACGCAGGCCGAACAUCGCCUGAGAGACCUGCAGACGGAGAACGAGAGGCUGAAGAACGAGGUGUCAAACCUGAAGGAGAAGCUGGAGCAGCAGUACGCGCAGAGCUUCAAACAGAUUUCUGUGUUGGAGGAUGACUUGGGUCAGACCCGGAGCAUCAAGGAGCAGCUUCACAAAUAUGUGAGGGAGCUGGAGCAGGCCAACGACGACCUGGAGAGAGCCAAGAGAGCAACAAUCGUGUCCCUGGAGGACUUUGAAGGUCGUUUGAACCAGGCCAUCGAGAGAAACGCCUUCCUGGAAAGCGAGCUGGAUGAAAAGGAGUCUCUGCUGGUGUCGGUGCAGCGGCUGAAAGACGAAGCUCGAGACCUCAGACAGGAACUGGCCGUCCGGGAAAGAACUACAGACAGGAUGUCGGCUCCCAGCUCUCCAACAUUAGACGCAGACAAGAUGGACUCGGCCGUGCAGGCGUCUUUGUCGCUACCAGCUACGCCGGUGGGCAAGGCGGCCGAGCUCACCUUCAUGAGUCCGAAAGCUCUGACCAACGGGUGUGGAAGCUCAUCACUCACACCCACCGCCAGAAUCACCGCUCUCAACAUUGUAGGGGAUCUGCUGAGGAAAGUCGGGGCGCUGGAAUCAAAGCUUGCCGCCUGCAAGAACUUCUCCAAAAACCAAGCGACCCGAAAGCCCUUCCCCACUGACAAAAGCGCCAUCAUCAGCAACAACUCCAACAAGUUCUCGCACUCACUUCACACCACUUGCUACGACAAAACGACCUUAAACGGACUGGACCCAAGCACCAUGACCUCCAUGGCAUCUGCCAGAACCGUGUCGCCGUCAGGCCUCCUGCCUGUGAGCGUGUGAGUGGCACAUGCUCCAACUCCAGUCCAGCCAAUGCUUUGUGGUGACACUGAAUGUUCGUGUGUGUGCGCGUGUGCGUGCGUGUGUGUGUGGAAGUUUUGGGGAGCACAAGAGGCUCAAUGGUGCAACAAAACAUACCCAAAGUUCGCAGCUCUUAUGUCCUGAAACUUACUUGCAUGUGUCUCUUGUGUUACUAACAUGACAGAAGGUCAUUGCGUGACCUUGACCUCCUUUGUGUCCUCUGCAAUUGCACAUUUAAGCUAAUUUCACUCAGAAUGUACUCUAUUUAAAAAAGGGAUCUGUUGAUAUAAUUUAACUUUAAGAAGCAGUAUUUCUCAUUUUGGUGCAUGUGUUAGGUGAGGGGCAGGGUCACUGCAGCCCCUCACCCACUGUAUGACUGAAGUGAAUGUUGAACGUUCAGAAGCCAUGUAGCCGCGACGCCGUUGUGUGGCUGCUAGUUGUUAUCAGCUGGUUCUGUCCUCAAGGUCAAACCCGCACUUAAGUGGCUCCUUACUCUGCGCCACAAGCGAGCGUUUUGUCAGGAGCAGGUUUUGCCUUUUUUUUUUUUUUUAAAAUCACUAUAAAUUUCCGUGCUUUUAUUGUGACAAAGAAAUGAAUAAAAACAGAAGGCCUCGUGGGAAAUCGAUCUCCACCAUUGCUGUUUGUCACUCAGCACCAGCGCAAAUUGUUAGUUAAAUUGUUGAAAUAAAAAGUUGAUUUUAACAGGUCUGGAUUUCUGCAAUUAAACCCUCUUUUGAAGUAUUUCCACAGCUGUGUUUCAAAUGAUUUUGGGUCACAGUGAAAGCCUGUUACCGAACUGACUGAUCUGGUGUCAGUGUACAUAGUUUGUAUUGAUAAGUUUGCUAAAUUUGUACAUACUGACAUUAAAGUCCUAUUUAUUUCAGAAUGUGUGUUCAGCUGUAGCUGCUGCCUAUGACGAUGUUUGUUGGAAUUGUUUCACUAAAUAAAGAUUGACAAUGAAAUAUGCAGUUGAU